AUGGGCAUGAUAAACAAAUUAAAAUAAUAUAAAGAAGCUAUAGUGUGCUAUGAUAAAGCAAUAGAUUUAAAUCCUAAAAAUGCUAAUGCAUAUAACAAUAAAGGUUAAUUAUUUAUUAUAUUUAUUAGCCUCUGCUUUACUUUUGGAAUAUUCAUUUUAUAUCUAUAUGAAAUGAAAUAAUAUAAAAUAAGAUAUUAAUAAUAUUUUAGCUGAAAGUUUACUUGCUUUGGGGAAAAAAGAAGAAGCAAAAAAGUAUUAUUAAUUUGCAGUUAAUGCAGGAUGUGCAAAUAAAGAUGAUAUAUCUUCUAUUAUAGCAGAAUAUUUUUAAAUCUAGAACCUCAUUUUCAUGUUAAAGUGGAUGCAUAAUUUUUUGGGUAAUUAUAUUGUUAAUAACAAAAGUAUCGAUACCGAUAUUUCACCUAAUUUUUAGAUAGAUUAAAAAUCAUAAAUAUAUAAUGUAUAAGUGAAUUCAUCAUAAAUUUGUAGUGAUAUACAACCAGAAUAUAUACAUACUAUUUAAAUAACUUGGCAACAUAACAGGAAAACUAUUUGGAUAUAUAUUGAUUUCGAAAAAGGAGGAUUAAUAUAAUUAAGUUUCAGUAUUAUUAAAAUGUUA